AUGGGAGGAUUGCCACAGAGUUCGGCAACGACUGUAGAACAAUGCCAAUCUGCCUGUCUAUCUAUAAAAAACUGCCAGUAUGGCUUCGAUUGGAACGCUAAAAACCCAUCCGGAUCUCAAUGCUUCGUCUCAACUAGCGCUACUCUUGGAAGCAACGCCGAUACAACCCACUACGAUUUGGUAUGCACCACAACUGGAGGGUGUACAGUCACUCCAAUCGAAAAUACAAAUUCGCCCGGCGGUGUAUCUCAAUCUUUUGACACACUGGAUGCAUGCAAAUCUGGCUGUCUGGCUAAACAAGACUCAACCUGUAAGAACGGAUUUGAUUUCAAUCCUAGCGGCAGCUCCGGGAAUAAAUGUUAUUUCUCCACUUCUACUGCAACUAGUACAUAUACAGGAGUUACUCAUUACAAUGUCAACUGCGUAACAACUGGGUGUGGAUUCACUCCAAUCGAAAAUACAAAUUCGCCCGGUGGUGUAUCUCAAUCUUUUGAUACACUGGAUGCAUGCAAAUCUGGCUGUUUGGCUAAACAAGACUCAACCUGUAAGAACGGAUUUGAUUUCAAUCCUAGCGGCAGCUCCGGGAAUAAAUGUUAUUUCUCCACUUCUACGGCGACUAGUACAUAUACUGGAGUUACUCAUUACAAUAUCAACUGCGUAACAACUGGACAGACCACUGCAAUGACUACCAGCUUUUCAGGGUGUACAGUCACUCCAAUCGAAAAUACAAAUUCGCCCGGCGGUGUAUCUCAAUCUUUUGACACACUGGAUGCAUGCAAAUCUGGCUGUCUGGCUAAACAAGACUCAACCUGUAAGAACGGAUUUGAUUUCAAUCCUAGCGGCAGCUCCGGGAAUAAAUGUUAUUUCUCCACUUCUACUGCAACUAGUACAUAUACAGGAGUUACUCAUUACAAAGUCAACUGCGUAACAACUGCUACUUGCACUUUCCCCGAGAUAGCAAACAGUUUCAGCCCCAGUGGUCAGCAGAUGACCAACAUAACAACACUUACUGCUUGCAAGGAUUAUUGUGCUAGUACGUACACCACUUACUGCAAAUACGGAUUUGAUUUCAAUCCUUCCACUUCGGGAUGCUUCAUAUCCACGUCUGCUACUGUUAAUGUCAAUGGUUACCCAGGAGUGACCCAUUAUAACGUGACUUGCACUGGAGUUGCCAUAUACAGACCAGGUUCUGUUCUGCUAUCCAAGUUAUUUUUUAAUGAAUUAACACUUAUUUUGGAAAGUUUAACGGUUUUAUGUCCUCGAAUUGUACUGGCUGGAAAUUUAACAUUCACUGGGAAAAAGGCUCAUCCAAGUGGAAUAUUCUCAGAUCAUGGUUUAGUUGAAGCAAGUCUGCCAGUAACAGGGCCUAUCGCAGUUUGGCAAGAAGCCAACAAUACGAACACAGCGGGAGGAGUCGAACAAACUUCAGCGACCUCGCUGGACAUGUGCAAAUCGCAGUGCUUCGCCGCCAAAGACACAACUUGUAAAAACGGGUUUGAUUGGGAUUACAGCAAGAGUAAAUGCUUCUUCUCAACUACUUCGGUUACUUCGGCUUCAAAUGGCGUCAGUCAUUUCACUUACUCCUCAAGUGUUGGAUGCUCUUGGCAGAUAAAAAAUGAUACCAACACCUUGGGCGGAAUUCAGCAAACAGCCACAAGUCUCGAUGCAUGCAAAGCUUCUUGCGCCGCAACGACAACCUCAAGCUGCCUGUAUGGUUUUGAUUGGGACGUAGCCAAUUCUAAGUGCUUUUUCUCCACCAACUCAGACUUGAAAUCUGCUCCUGGAGUCAAUCAUUACACAUGUCUGAAUGCAACUACAACAGUGCCAACAACACCAGGCUUGAACAUCUCCACAAUUUCAAAUUGCACCUGGACUCAAAAUUCUAACUCAAACACGGCUGGUGGAAUAAAAAAUUCAGCCAAUGACGUUGAAAGUUGCAAGUAUAACUGUGUGACAAUGCAAACAAAUAAAUGCCAGUUCGGACUUGAUUUUGACACGGCAGCUGCUGAUGGAUCCAAAUGUUUUUUCUCAACAACGAGCACAGUUAAUAUCGGAGUUGCUGCGGGAGUUAAUCAUUAUAAUUGCUGAUUAGUUAGCUAGCUGUUAAGUUAGCUAGCUGGCUGAUCAAUUUGCUUGCUGGUUGACUAGUUGGUUGGCUGGUUAGUUAGGUGGUCAGUUUGUUGGCUCUAAGCUAGCUUAGCUACUUAUUUGCAUAAAAAUAUGAAAAAUUUAUAAUAAUAACAUUAUAAUAUAUCUGUUUGUUUGACCUUUUUUUAAUUAUUUAUCAUAACUUUUUUUCAUUCGGGAAAUGAAAAAACAUAUUUAUUUAUUUAUUUGUUGAUCGAUCUGUUUAUUCAUCAGCAUUCCAAGCAAGUUUACACGAUUAAUUAUUGAUUGAUAUUAAUCUUAUUAUUUUGUAAUUUCUCGUUUGCAAGCACAAGCUGUUUUUAAAUCGCUAUUUGUUUAUCAAUUGCAUCAAACAAUUUGAAAACGACGAAAUUGUUCCGCAAGCUAUAACAAAUUUACAUGUUUAAUAUAGAUAUGUAUUUAACAUUUAAAUUUAUUUUUUUAAAUAUUAAUUUGUGUUUAAUAUUUAGAUUUAUUUGUUUGAUAUUAUUUUGUACCCAACGUUUAAAUUAUAAACUAUUCAAUUGUUUUAAACUCCUCUACAAUUUUAGCAUAAAAUUCAAGGCUUACAAGCCCAAAUUAUUUGAGUUAUUGCUGUUCUAAUUUUUAAUAUUCGAUUUUCGCAAAUAAUUUUUUUAUUAGAAUAAAUUUAAUUGUUAUUAAAAUAAAAUUAAUUAUUAUUAUUCAUUAUGAUGAGUUGAGUCCUAACAGAAUUAACAAUACGCUUUUUGACGUGAUUGAGUUUUUAAAUUAAUAUGUUACCCGUUCUGAUUGCUGUUAAAAGUGAAGAUGAUUUUCAACAAUCAUCAUUGAUGACAAUAAAUUAAUUUUAACUUGAAUAAUAC